AUAUCUGCCUUUUUCUCGAAAAUCCAAAUGUCCAAAUAGCCUCAUUGCAGGCGUUAUGGAUUCACUAAGAGCAUCAAGAAGCUUCCACGUCUAUUUUUUUUUAUAGCUACAAUACAUUUCAUAUUCAGUGAUCCCCUUUAUGAAAUCAACUCAAGUUUGAGGAAUAGACUAAUUUGAGGCAUGGUGAAUAAUUUAAUCCGAUAUCCAGAUUAUGCACUUUGAAAAAUGUGCAGUAUUUAUAAUUCAGAUGAUCUCAGGCAGCAUGUCCCUUUGUGUAUGUAACAGUAGAACUGGAACCUCAUGGGGGUAUAACAUACUGGUUAUAAAAUAAUGAACACUGUGGUCCCCUAGAAGUCAUUGCAGAAUCAGGUGUGCAUGAUGUACAUGUAUAUACAUGAUGAAGUAAAUACUAAGUUGCAUCUCUAACCAGGAAUACGAUAGUGGUUUAUUUGCAGUACGGUUAUUACUGCUUAUUACCUGUUAUUACUGCUUAUUACCUGUUAUUACUGCUUACUAGUACUUCUACUGGUUGUUGUCUGUAUGGUUAGAAAGUACCAUACAAACUAUUGUAACCUCCUAGCUAUAUUCCCUUAGUGAUCAAAUCAAAUUACAUUUAUUUAUAAAGCCCUUUUUACAUCAGCAGAUGUCAUAAAGUGCUUAUACAGAAACCCAGCCUAUAAACCUAAACCACAAGCAAUGCUGAUGUAGAAGCAUGGUGGCUAGGAAAAACUCCCUAGAAAGGCAGGAGCCUAGGAGGAAACCUAGAGACGAACCAGGCUCUGAUAUCUCGGGAGUCUGUUUUUGGUCCACGUUUUCUCUGUGUGGAGGCUGGCUGGGGGGCGUGAGUAAGGCUGUUAUCAGGCCCAGCAGUGCUGAACCGACCAGGGGCCACCCCUGGGUGGGAAAGGGCAGGGCUGGGUGCCCAUGGCAGGCUGUCUCCUCCAGUGUAGAUAACUUUGUUCUGGGCUCAGAGAGAUGACAUCAUGAAGGAUGGCGAUGAAGAUGUCGGUGCAGAGAUGGGAAGUGUUAUCUGCUGCCCUUCACUAACAAUGCCAUCUAGUGGGGACACACACACACACACAUGCACACACACACACACACACUAGGCCUUACAUAAUAUUUACGAUUGGUGCUCCAGGCCAGAACUCAUGGUGAACUGCAGAUCCAUUUUCUCCCAGAUGUUGUCAAUGAAAAGUUAUUCCAUAAGACAAUUCCAAGAGCUGUUUACCCAGUGUCAUUCUGAUAUCUAAUAAUAUUGGAUGAAUGAUACUGCAACACUCAUGAAGGUGUUAUGACGGGUUUUAUAAAGAUGUUAGGAAUGCCCCAUUUUGAAGUCAAAUGUUACACAGAGAUUUAGUGAUCUCUUAUCUCCUGUGCCGACUCAUCCAGAGAUUUAGUGAUCUCUUAUCUCCUGUGCCCGACUCAUCCAGUGAGGCUACCUCUGUCAGACAUGGUCUGUGUUGGGAGCCAGGGGGGGUGGUGGUGGUGUGUGUAUUUAGGGUGGGAGGUGUUUAAAAAGCAGACACAGUGGCACAACUUAGUCAUGUCAUAUAGAAGUGAGGGACUGCACACUAUAGGCAUGUAUCUACUCACGAAAACAAAAGACUCUUAGACUUGAAGAAAUAUUGGAGCUACAUUUAAACCACUCUCAAGAAAGAUUUCAUUUCAUCUGGACUUUUCACUCUACAGGAUGUGUCGCAUCAUCAACUUCCUGCUGGCUCUGCUGAGCCGUUUCCUGUUUGCUGUGCAUGGGGUGGUGACCGUGUGGCGUGUGGUCGCCGUCAAAGGGGAGCCCCUCUAUUGGCUGCUGCUGAUGGGCGUGGCUCUGCUGGGGGUGGAGAUGGCAGUCACCAUCAAGUGUACCCGCAAUGCAGAGUGGAAAUGGUUCUCCCCCAUGGUUUUCCUCUACCUCAGUACCGUCAUCCCCUCCAUUUGGUUCCUGGAGCUCAGCCUGCUGCAGUACAAGCUCCCUGUCAACAUCUCCUCUGGCCCCGAGCUAGAAGAGCUGCUGGCUCACAUCCCCAUCUCAGCAGACAUCUUGCAGCUGGACCCAGAGAACUGGGCGGCAGGGCUGGAGCAGACCAUGCUCAUCGUACUGGUGCUGGGCCGCUGGCUUAUGCCCAAAGGAGACAUGUCCCGCGACCAGCUCUCCCAGCUCCUCAUGGUCUACGUGGGCCUGGGCGCUGACAUCCUGGACAUAUUUGACACCUUCAAGGAGCCCGAGGUCAAGACCAACCGGGCCGUUAUCAUUAUGGGCCUUGCCCUCUUUUCCUGGGCCCUCAUGCAGUUCCCCUUGGUUCUGACCCAGACCAGUCCCCCCAAGGCCCAUCUCCAGCCCUGUUUGUCCCAGCCCGGCUUCCCCCAGCGGGGCCUCUCUCAGGAGGGAAGCGUGGCUGUAGUGGAGAGACUGCCUGGAGCUCCCCCCUCCUGCUAUACACCGUGCUGCUCCAGUGAAGUGUGGAGUCUGCUGUUGACUGUGGGGCUCCAGGACGGGCCAUUUCUCAUCUACCGCCUCUACCUCAUGAUCAGGGAGAACGUUCUUAACCAGCUAAUGAUCUUCUUCACCUGUAAAAACAUCCUUGUCGUCCUGCUGGAGUUCUACAGGAUCUUUGUGGUGCAGUGUGAGCAGCAGGGGGAGGGCUGCCUAGGGGGGCUGGAGAGGUGUGCAAUGCCCUGGUGCCAACAAGCCCAGGAGGAGGAGGUGGAGGGAAGACGACAGGAUAGUGGAGAACAGAACUGCCAGAGAGAGGAGGGGAGGGAGGUGGUGGAGGGGGAGAGGGAGGGGGAGGGGAAGCGGGAGGGUAGCGGGGAAGGGGAGGAGGAUGAGGGAGGAAAGGAAAGUGGAGAACAGAGCUGCCAGACAGAGGUGGAGGUGGAGGGGGAGAGACAAAGAAUCAGAUCAGAGGGGUUGCCAGGUGUAGAGCCUACGAUGCCAUGA